CAUAAUUAUGAGAACUACUCCUAAAAGUUUAAAAGAAACAGCUUCGAAGUUGUCUUCUUAGGAUUAUAAAAAAUAACAAUCUCAACCAGUAUUUAAUUUUAAUUAUUUUUGAGACUGUAAGUAUACCAGAAUCUAGUUACUUGUUUCAUAUACCAUAGAAAUAUUGUCAACAGAGAUUCAAACCUUAAGCUGUUAUUUCAAAAUCUAUAGAAGAGAAGAGAUAGAGGGGGAAUAGGAACAAUUUAUCAGAAAUAAACAAUAGAACAAACAGUAGUUCUAAAAGUCGUAUAUCUGGAUUUGCAAGCAAUCAAAUAGAAGAGGAAUCAUUAUAUAUUUCAUAAAAUGCUUUGAAAUUAAAGAAAAUGAUAGGAGAUUCAUAAGCUUUGAAUAAAAAUUUUUACAUGUAGAAUUUAAUAAAAACAAAUAUUUAGUUCUAAAUCUAAUUUGACUAGUGAUUCAAAUAGUCCUGUUGCAAGAUAGAAUAAAUCAAUUAAUAAAAAAUAGACAGAUUUUGAAAUAGCUUAAAUAAAUAUGUUAAGAGAAAAAACUUUAAUGUAAAAGAAGGCUUAUUAACUUUAAUUAAAUUAAUCGAAAGGAUUAAUGGAUUAGUUAGAGAAUUUAGAUAAAUAAAUACAAGGAACAGUUUAAGAACAAUAAAAAAAAAUGCUUUAAUUGAAAUUUAGAGGUUAAUUGGAACCAUAUAAAGAUAUAUUUAUAAAGCAAUUUGCUAGAACAUCAUUGUAAUAUAAGUCUUCUUUGAAUUAUUUGUAAAUAUAAAUAAAAGAGAUUGAAUAAAAAUGGUAAGAUGUAACAAUGAACAUUACAAAUAAUUUAUUUGAAUUGAUAUAGAAUUCAGCCGUUUUGAUGUCAUACGAGUAGGAUUUAAAAUAAAAUGAAUUGAUAGAACAGAUGAGAAGGGAAAGAGAUAUUUGGUAAAAUAAUUAUAAAUCCUUGGAACAAGAGAGAGAUAUUUUGUUAGAGACAGUAUCUUAAUUAAAAUAAACAUUAGAGGAGAUGAAACCUUAAAAUUAAUAAGAAAAAAAUGAGAAAGGUUUAGAAUCUUUGGAAACAUAUAAAUUGAAAGAGAUGGCAACAAUAAUGUAACAAAAAAUAAAAGAAAUGUCAGAUAAGGAAUCUAAAUUAAUAAAAUUAGUAUUAGCAGUAAAAAGAUCAGGAGUAGAUGUAGAAAAAUUAUAUAAUGAGGAAAUUUUGAAUGAUGAUUCGACAUCAGAAUAGUAGAUUUAAUCUAAGAGGGAUAGAAAGUAAAUAAAAAUAUUGAGUAUUAGAUAAUAAAAUAGUAUAUUAGAAAAGAGUUUGAAUGAUGCAGAUAAUUCUGUAGUAAAUGACUCUGAUGAAUCAAGUUUUCAAUAUAAUGGAAGAUUGGAUGAUGAGAGUAUAAUUGAGAGUAUACGUAGAUUUGAGAAUAGAAAUUAAAAUAAUAAUUAUGCAAUAGAAAGUAAAGGUUCUGUAAGGAUGAAGAUAGAUUUAUCAAAAUGCAAUUAAAAUUAAUAAUAAAUGUAAUAGUUAUAGUAGUUAUAAAAACUAUAAUUAGCUAAAAAGCAAUAAUAAUAUCAAUAAUAGAAUAUAAAAUAGAUGAAAACAUCAGAGUAGGAUAUUGUAGGAUUUAAUUAAGAUUAAAUAUUGAAAAUAAACGAGUUUUCAUAAAGUUAGAGAGUCUAGAUGUUAAAAGAUGAGAAAAGAAUAAAACCUUGA